AUGACUGAAACUAUACAAUCCGUAGUAGCUCACGUUGAUCAGCAAGCCAUGCAAAAAUUGGCCGAUACGCUUGAAAUAGAGGCCAACAUGACGGCCAUCUUAUCUCUAGAUGAAAGAGUAAAAUUAAAGUUAAAAGAACGAGCUCGAAUUGAAGCUUCCGCCCGAUUUUCUGCAUCUUAUCAAAAAUAUAAAACUAUUAGUCUAACGGAUUCACUGGCUCUAAGAAAGAUCCUUUUCGGUCAGUUAAUGGUACCGAAAGAAAUUGACUGGUGUCGAGAAAGUUUUAUCUUUCAUAUACAUAAUUAUGGAUUACCUUUUGGGCUUAAAAUUCAUAAGAAUGGACCAUGCGGUGUUAUUGCUGUCGUACAAGCAUUCGUACUAAGACAUUUAAUAUUUGAUGAAGACGAUGAAAACAACUAUAAACGAUUGAAAGCAGUCAAUGAAAGGGAACGACAAAAUGCAUUAGCGCUAGCUUUGGCUGAUAUACUGUGGAUUGCCGGUGAAGAAAGUAAAACUGCAAUCGUUUUAUUACCGCCAGAUGAUGAUCGUUCAAAACCCAUAGGAGCAUCUCAAGUUAGGCUGAAUGACAUGACCGAAGAUGGAAUUCUGUAUCAAUUUAAUGCAUUUAAUGAUCUUCGAGACUUUAUCAAGAAGAAAUUACCUAUUUUUCAACAUGAAUUUGGAUAUGGUGUCGCAUUUUUUCUUUAUUCUGCUAUCCUAUCCAGAGGGAUUGAAAACAUACGAAAUGAUAUGGAUGAUCCAGAGAAGAUCUUACUGACUGAGAAUGAAAGAUGCUCGCAAGAAUUAAUCAACUUGCUACUAGUGGGCAAAGCUGUCUCUUAUGUUUUUAAUGGCAUUUUGGAUUACGAUUACAAGUUACGAAAGCCUCUGCAACAACCCCUUUUUGGCAUUGACAAACGUGGAGUAGUAGGCCUACUCACGCUGAUGGAACAUGUCGCUGAAGGCAACUAUACGGUUGGCAGUAAGCUCAAAACACCAAAAUAUCCCAUAUGGGUUGUAAAUAUCGAACUCAGCUUUGCUGUUAUCUUUUCUUGUAAAAGAGAUUUGUUAAACGAUUGGAAAGCGGAAAGGCAAUUUCAUUUAUGGUACUAUACUGGAUUAGUAAGUCAGACGGAGCUUCAACGGAUUCAUAUCGACACCUUGCAAACCUAUAUGCCCAAAAAUAAGGAUAAUGUCGAACCUCUUAUUAAUCAUUGCAUACGUACGAAAUGGAGUGGUGUUAAAAUUAGUAGUCAUAGCUCAAUCUCGAAAUAG